GAAGUCUCACGCUGCUUUUACAAGAGGAUUUUAUUUUUUUUUAAAUCAAGAGCGAUUUAUUGUGUAUGAAAGUUCUCAUUCAUCCAGGGAUUUAAUCAUUCAUCACUUUGUUUGUUGUUGUGGACAUGGGAUUGUUCCUCACUAAGUUGAUGACUGUGUUUGGCCACACAGAGCACAAAGUCAUCAUCGUGGGUUUGGACAACGCGGGCAAGACGACCAUCCUCUACCAGUUUCUGACCAAGGAAGCCGUCCACACGUCGCCGACCGUGGGCAGCAACGUGGAGCAGCUGGUGGUGAGAAACACCCACUUUCUGGUGUGGGACAUCGGAGGCCAGUCCAACCUUCGCAGCAGCUGGUACGCCUACUACUGCAACACCGAGAUCGUCAUCCUGGUGGUGGACAGCACCGACCGCGCGCGACUCACCCUCACCAAAGACGAGCUGCACCGAAUGCUCGCCCAUGAGGACCUUCAAAACGCCGCCGUUCUGGUCCUGGCCAACAAACAGGACGUGAAAGGCUCCAUGACGGCGGCCGAGAUCUCACGCUGCCUCACGCUGGACGCCAUCACCACGCACACCUGGCAUGUCCAAGCCUGCUGCGGGCUGACCGGGGAAGGCCUCACUGCCUGUCUGGACUGGAUGAGGUUAAAGGUCGUGGCAAGCUGAAAAUCCCCUCAAAGUGGGAGUUCAAAGGUUACCAUGUCAGGAUUCCUUAACAGCACAGCACUGGAACACACGCUACCUCAGCAGUCCCCCAUACUCAUUAAAAGCUCCCCUUUUAUUAAGGAUGUCCCGAUCCAAUACAGAUAGCAAGUAUCGGAGGAUAUCAGCGUGCAUCUAAAAUAUCCCACCUGCAUCUAAAUGUCAUCCAGUAUGCACAAGGGUUGGUCUUUGGUAGGCUAUAGGCUACGAGGAGCGAGCAGCUACACAACAGCUAAGCACACAAUAGCACUCAAGCUAGACACACAUAAUAAGUGUCCUUAAUUGAACAAUAUUGCGGCCUAAAACAGCAAAUUUCUCAAUACAAGCAAGUGGCAGCUACACAACAGCUAAGCACACAACAGCACACAAGCUAGACACACAUAGGUGUCCUUAAUUAAACAAUAUUGCGGCCUAACACAGCAAAUUUGUCAGUAUAAACAAGUAGCAGCUACACAACAGCUAAGCACACAAUAGCACUCAAGCGAGACACACGUAAUAAGUGUCCUUAAUUUAAUAAUAUUGCGGCCUAAACCAGCACAUUUCUUAAUGCAAACAAGUGGCAGCUACACAACAGUUAAGCACACAAUAGCACUCAAUGUUAGCUUAGCUGUCAGGUUUUACUCUAUCUCUACCAAGGAGGGAGAAAAAAUGUAUUAACUGAAGAAAAUAUGCCGUCAAAUGGGGAAAACAUUUAAUAAAUACAUAAUGAAAUAAUAAAAAUUGAAUUUACUUAAUGUAAAAUAUUAAAUUAUUAAAUUAUUGAUUUCAUGACUUAAUGGUUUAUUUAUUGAUUUUUAAUCAUAGUGUGGUACACUAUAAUAUUGAAAUAAUUAACUGAAUGAGUGAAUAAUUGAAUGUAAUUUUACAAUGUAUUUAAUUCCAAUUAUAAACAAUUCCAAAGAAAUGUAAGUUAAUUUUCUUUUAUUUUGUCCAUUGUCAAUAAAAAUGUUUGCAAUUUAUUUAUUUUUCUGUGAGGAUAUCAUGAAAAUGGGCGCCUUGUAAUUUUACAUUAAGUAAAUGAAUGACACAUUUGAUAACCCAUUCAUGCAUUUAUUUUCAACAAUAAUUGAAUAGCAGUUAUUUAAAUAUGUAUUUAUUUAUUUUAUUUUGUCCAAUUUGGCCCUCCAAAGUCCAUCGAUCAAAAUGUUUGCAUUUUAUUUAUUUUUCUGUGAUUAACUCAUGGAAAUGGGCACCUUGUAAUUUAACAUUAGGUAAAUUAACGACACAUUUAAUUACACAUUUAUACAUUUAAUUCCAAUCAUAACUAAAUAAUGACAAGUGUUAUUACUUAAAUAUGUAUUUAUUUAUUUUUCAUAUUUUGUCCAAUUUGGCCCUCCGUGGUCAAUGGAUUAACAUUUUUGCAACUUAUUGUUCUGCGAUCAACUCAUGGAAAUUAGCGCCUUGUAAUUAUACAUUAGGUAAAUCUAUGACACAUUUAAUAACACAUUCAUACAUUUCAUUCCAAUUAUCAGUAAAUACUGACAAAUGUAAUUAUUGAAAUAGGUAUUUAAUUUAUUUUGUCUAAUUAGUUCAUCCAUCACAAUUGUUAUUGUUAUUGAGUCCUGCAAUGAAUAAAUCGCACUUCAUUGCGUUUUGGUUGAAUUACAAUUCAUGUAUUUUUUUGUAAUUAAAUAAAAAUAAUUUAAUUAACGGCUUGUAAAUUUAUAUAUUUAAUAAUUUAAGUAAUUGAAUGACACAUUUAACUAGAUGAGCAAUUCCUGAAGGAAUUGCGUGUGAAUGCUCCAAUGCUGAGGUUGAACUUCAAAAUGACUAAUUGUUGAAGUAGAGCACACAAUUCCUGAACAGGCUGAAUAUUUUGAAGUUGGAACGGUUUGAAUCGGAUAAAAAAUGUGGGAGUAGUUGAACUUUGAAAAAUGUCCCAUUCUUUUCAAUGGGAAUUUAAUGGAAAUUUGGGGAAAAAGCGGGAAUUUUUUGGAAAAUGCUAAAUAUUUUUUUAAUGUUGUGAAUGAGUUGAAAUGGUUGGUGUUGGCAUUUUUCAAAUCGGUCGAGAAAUGUUGAAGUGGUAACAUUUUUAAUUGAGAAAUGGUAUUACGGCAUUCCUGGAAUUUCGGGAAAACCGGGAAUUUUUACAGUUUGAAAAACAACUUCGUUUUUUUUUUGUCCUGAUUAAGAGGAAUGAUUGAUGACGGUUGAAAAAUGUGGAAGGAGUAGUCAACAGAAAAAAGGGUUUGGAAAAAACGGGAAUUCUGGGAAAUUCCUGGAAUUUUUUUGAACUUGGAAAAAUUAUAGUUUGAAUUUCCAGGAUGAGUGGAAUGUGUUGAAAAGAUUGAAAAAUGUGAAAAUGGCCAAUUCAUUUUGAAUGGGAAAAAUGUCCCGGAAAACCUGGAAAUCUGGGAAUUUUUGCUAAUUUGUGGACUGUUAAAAAACUUCUUUUUCUUACUGCUCUUGUUCUCGGAAAAGUUUUUUUGUGUGUAAAUAAUGUAUGUAUAUACUUGCUAUAUUUGUAUUUUGUAUUGUGAUUGAAUGUCCCACAAGUGCCCUUAAAAAU